AUGGACGAUAAACUAGAUUUUAGCCCCAGCGCUUUCGCAGCCGAUAUGCAACUGCGUACUCGAAAAGCCCGUAACUUCGACAAGGUCGAGCAUGACCUGCCCGAUCCCAGAUCCGCCGCUUUUCAAAAGUCACAAGCCGCCGCCCUCUCAUCUUCUGUCAAUGUGUCAGGAUGGCUCUCGCGCCUCGCAGGACUGAACCCUUUUGGCAAAGCUGUUGAUGCUGGUGAUAUCGUGUGGUUGAUGGAUAACACGGCAUAUCGCAACCCCGAAACCGAUCAGUGGGAGGCCGAGUUUGUCGCUGCAGUGUUUGAGAACGAACCCAGGUGCCGUGUGGCAGAUAUAGUGUCUGGUAUUGCUUCGACGUUGGGUUUGGCAGAGGAUGCAGCUGAGCGCGAUGUCAUCGAGGAAAGAAUCAUCCCGUUCCUUUGGGACAUCCAAGCGGCAAGGGUUUUCUGGAUUGAACACAAGAAGAAGGAGAUUAAGCUUGGUCCUACGAGUAUCAACGGUAUCACUACGAGCAUCGAGUCUGUCGAUCGCCAGCACAAGGGGUCUACAAUUGAUGCAACAGCUUUGGUGCCUCACGCAACAAAGGGCAUUCACGACAUGCAGACAUACUAUGCAGGACCUGAGGGCUGGGCUGUUAUAUCAGAUGUUGAUGACACAAUCAAGGUCACUUUGACCAGCGACCCUCUGGGCAUUCUCAAGUCCACCUUCAUCGACGAGCCAACUCCUGUUCCCGGAAUGCCUGAGCUUCUGUCAGAUUUGCAGACUCUCCUUCCUCGCGACACACCCUGGUUCUACCUCUCGGCAUCACCUUACAACUUGUACCCCCUACUACGCGAGUUCCGCGACCGCUACUACCCUCAAGGCCAACUUAUCCUGCGCGACUCGAGCUGGCGCACGGUGGCGGGCUUGUUGUCGGCUCUCACCAUGGGAACCGAGGAGUACAAGACGGAUCGCAUGAAGAAAAUUCACUCAUGGUUGCCCAAGAAGAAGCUGAUUCUUAUCGGAGACUCAACUCAAUCCGAUCCCGAAGCAUACGGCGAGAUUUACCGAACUUUCCCGGGCUGGGUAAAGAUGAUUCUCAUCCGCAAAGCUACUGACGUUGCAGCUGUUGGCAUCGAAGAGAAGAAUCAACUUGAGCGCUUCGAAAAGGCGUUCAAGCACGUACCUGUUGAAGCCUGGCACGUAUUCGAGGAUCCUAGCGAGUGCCGAGGCAUUGUUAAGGAUGUCAUUCGUGGCAGGAAGUGA